AUGACAGCUGAUGUUGAAGCUAAAAAUGUGGAAGAUGAGGAGCCUCCCAGUAAAAAGCUAAUGGAAGACAAGAUAGAAAAAAUGGAGACAAAUGGCCACAACCAAACCGAUACUGAUAAUUCAGACAAAGAAAAUGGGGAAACUAAGAAUGGAAGGUCAGAAAUAAAUGGUGAAAAGCAAAAUGGCCAUAGUAAAGGCUCUGCAAAGAAGAAAGAAAGAACACCAAAGGGAAAAGCAAAAGCAGAAAAUGGUAUCUCCAAUGGUGCUCAAAAUGGUACCAAGAAAAGCAUUCAACCAAGUAUCACUUCAAUGUUUAGCAAACCAUCGGUGAAAAGAAAAUCUGAAGCACAAGAUACUUCUACUGAAGAUUCAGAUGUUAAAUCAGAUGUACAAUCUGAUGAUCAAGAAGAAACCAAGAGAGUGAAAAUUGAAGGUGAAGAGAAG